AUGGCGACCACCGGGAGCACCGCGCUGAGCAUGAAGCUCCUCAUCGACACCAAGGCCCGGCGCGUGCUGUUCGCGGAGGCGAGCAAGGACGUGGUGGACUUCCUCUUCUCCCUCCUCUCCCUGCCGGUCGGCACCGCCGUCAAGCUGCUCGGCAAGGACUCCAUGGUCGGCAGCGUCGGCAGCCUCUACGGAAGCGUCGAGAAGCUCGACGCCACCUACGUCCAGCCCGGCGCCGCCAAGGACGCGCUGCUCCACCCCUCCGUCCUCUCGCCGGCGGUCAGCACCAAGAGCUCCCUCCUAGGCUUGCCGGGGCCGCCGCCUCCACAGCCACAGGCCAAGACGUUCUAUGGGUGCAGCUUGUCCUGCGGCUGUUACAAUAGCGGAUAUGGUAGCGGCCACUCCGGUACAUGCAAAUUCUACAGCUGCCGGACCUACGUGACGGGCAGUUACGGCACCUACUGCCCGUCAUGUGACAAGCAGAUGACCACGGAGGCGAAGCUCGUGCCGUCGGGCGUGUCCGGAGGCCAGACUGCGCAGGCGGUGGCCGGCGUCAGCGGGAAGGGGUACGUGCAGGGCAUCGUGACUUACACGGUGAUGGACGACCUCACCGUGACGCCCAUGUCCUCCAUCUCCAGCAUCACCCUGCUCAACACAUUCGCCGUCAAGGAUCUCAGCGCGCUCCAGGAGAAGACCGUGCAGCUCGGCUACGACGAGGGUCUGGAGAUCCUGAAGGCGUCGCUGCAGUCCAAGACCGUCCUCACCGACGUUUUUCUGAGCCCCGCCCGCAAGGCUUGA